AGAUGGUGAUGACGACCCACAAUUCUCCUGGGUGGCUUCAUCUCCCUCCAGCAAAGACGUUGCAUCACCCACUCAGAUGAUAGGAGAUGGGUGUGAUCUCGGCAUAGGAGAAGAGGAAGGGGGAUCUGGGUUGCCGUAUCCCUGUCAGUUCUGUGAAAAGUCUUUCAGUCGUCUCAGCUACCUGAAAAGGCACGAGCAGAUCCACAGUGACAAACUUCCAUUCAAAUGCACGUACUGCAGCCGACUGUUUAAGCACAAGAGGAGCAGGGAUCGCCACAUUAAACUCCACACUGGGGACAAAAAGUAUCACUGCCACGAAUGUGAGGCUGCAUUUUCUCGUAGUGAUCAUCUUAAAAUUCAUCUGAAAACACACAGUUCUAGCAAGCCAUUUAAAUGUACAGUGUGUAAGCGCGGAUUUUCUUCCACUAGCUCUCUGCAGAGUCACAUGCAGGCUCAUAAGAAAAACAAGGAGCAUUUGGCUAAAUCAGACAAGGACAUGAAGAAAGACGACUUCAUGUGUGAUUAUUGUGAGGAGACUUUCAGCCAGACAGAGGAGCUGGAAAAGCAUGUGAUGAAGCGACAUCCUCAGCUUUCAGAGAAAGCAGACCUCCAGUGUAUCCAUUGCCCUGAAGUAUUUGUGGAUGAAACCUCACUGCUGAACCACAUUGACCAAGUCCAUGCCAACAAGAAGCACAAGUGUCCAAUGUGCCCAGAGCAGUUUUUUUCUUCUGUGGAAGACGUUUACUGCCACCUUGAUAGUCAUAGACAGCCUGAUUCAAGCAAUCAUAGCAUUAGUCCAGAUCCAGUUUUGGGAAGUGUGGCUUCGAUGAGCAGUGCCACACCAGACUCCAGUGCAUCAGUUGAACGUAGUUCAACUCCUGACUCAACGCUUAAGCCACUAAGAGCACAUAAGAAAACCUUAUCAUUAGAAAGAGAGGAGGGCCAGACUUGGUCCAAGGUUAGCUACAGCUGUCCUUACUGCACAAAAAGAGAUUUCAACAGCUUGGCUGUCUUGGAGAUCCACUUAAAAACUAUUCACGUGGACAAACCUCAACAAAGCCACACCUGUCAAAUCUGUCUGGAUUCUUUGCCCACCCUGUAUAACCUUAAUGAGCAUGUAAGAAAGGUUCACAAAAACCAUGCCUACCCUAUGGUACAGUUUAGCAACAUAACUGCUUUUCAUUGCAACUAUUGUCCUGAAAUGUUUGCUGACAUUAACAGCCUUCAAGAACACAUUCGCAUCACUCACUGUGGACCCAAUGCUACUCCUCAUGAAGGCAACAAUGCUUUCUUCUGUAACCAGUGUUCCAUGGGAUUUCUUACUGAGUCCUCACUGACUGAUCAUAUUCAGCAAGCCCAUUGCAAUGUUGGAAGCUCAAAGCUUGAAUCCCCUGUUAUUCAGCCAAGUCAGUCAUUCAUGGAAGUGUAUUCGUGCCCGUAUUGCACAAACUCUCCCAUAUUUGGUUCUGUAUUGAAGCUCACGAAGCAUAUAAAAGAAAACCACAAGAACAUUCCAUUGGCAAAUAAUAAGAAAUCAAAAUCAGAGCAGAGUCCGGUUUCUUCAGAUGUUGAAGUUUCUUCCCCAAAGAGGCAGCGGCUGUGUCCUAGCCUAAACUCAGUGUCAAGUGGAGAGUAUCCUUGUAAUCAGUGUGACUUAAAGUUUUCUAAUUUUGAAACUUUUCAAACACAUUUGAAAUCACAUUUGGAGCUUCUUUUAAGAAAACAGUCCUGCCCUCAAUGCAAGGAGGACUUUGACUCCCAAGAGUCUCUCCUACAGCACCUCACAGUACACUACAUGACAACCUCCACACAUUACGUGUGUGAGAGCUGUGACAAGCAGUUCUCAUCUGUAGAUGAUCUGCAAAGCACUUACUGGACAUGCAUACUUUUGUGUUAUAUCACUGCACUCUUUGCCAAGAAGUCUUUGAUUCUAAGGUUUCCAUCCAAGUGCAUUUGGCAGUAAAGCAUAGCAAUGAGAAGAAAAUGUAUCGCUGUACAGCAUGUAACUGGGACUUCAGAAAAGAGGCAGACCUUCAGCUUCAUGUCAAGCACAGCCAUUUGGGCAACCCAGCAAAGUCACAUAAGUGUAUCUUCUGUGGCGAAACCUUCAGUACGGAAGUGGAGCUUCAGUGUCAUAUUACUACUCACAGUAAGAAAUAUAAUUGUAAAUUUUGCAGCAAGGCAUUCCAUGCAAUCAUUCUCCUUGAAAAGCACCUGCGAGAGAAGCACUGUGUAUUUGACACUAGCAGCCAAAAUGGUACAGCUAAUGGUAUGGUACCAGCAGGCAAGAAGUCGGAGACUGUUGAAGUCCCAAGUGUGCUAAUGAAGAACCCGGAAAUUUCAAACAGUCAUGAGGCCAGUGAAGAUGAUGUUGAUGCUUCUGAACCAAUGUAUGGCUGUGAUAUUUGUGGAGCAGCUUACACAAUGGAAGUUCUCCUACAGAAUCAUCGAUUAAGAGAUCAUAAUAUCAGACCUGGAGAAGAUGAUGGUUCUAGGAAGAAAGCAGAAUUCAUCAAAGGCAGCCACAAGUGUAAUAUUUGCUCAAGAACAUUUUUUUCUGAAAAUGGACUUAGAGAACACAUGCAGACACACAGGGGUCCUGCAAAACACUAUAUGUGCCCUAUUUGUGGGGAACGGUUCCCAUCUUUGCUCACGCUAACUGAACACAAAGUUACCCAUAGCAAAAGUUUAGAUACAGGGACAUGCAGAAUCUGUAAACUGCCCCUUCAAAGUGAAGAAGAAUUUAUUGAACACUGUCAGAUGCAUCCAGACCUUCGGAAUUCCCUGACUGGUUUCCGUUGUGUUGUCUGUAUGCAGACUGUCACAUCCACUCUGGAACUUAAAAUUCAUGGAACAUUCCAUAUGCAAAAAAUAGCAGGAAACUCUGCUGCCUCCUCUCCUAAUGGACAAAUACUGCAGAAGAUUUAUAAAUGUGCCCUAUGCUUGAAAGAGUUCAGAAACAAACAGGAUCUGGUAAAGUUAGAUGUUAAUGGCUUACCUUAUGGUCUCUGUGCUGUGUGCUUGAGCAGAACCACUAAUGGACAACCUUCCAACCCACCCCCACAAGAAGUCUGUGAGAGGCUGUGUCUGAGAUGCCCAGAGUGCAGUGUCAAGUUUGAGAGUGCUGAAGAUCUGGAAAGUCAUAUCCAGAUUGACCAUAGAGACUUGACACAUGAAAUUAGUGGUCAGAGAAAAGUAGCUCAAACUUCUCCACUCCCAAGAAAGAAGACUUAUCAAUGCAUCAAGUGCCAGAUGACCUUUGAGAAUGAAAGAGAAAUUCAGAUUCACGUUGCCAACCACAUGAUAGGUAAGCAUU